AUGAAGACGUCGUGCGUGGCGGGUGGGGCCAGGGACACCUUCCGCGACCCCCGCUCCUCCCUGGGGGCCAGACCGGGCCGCAAGCCCCAUCCCGGGCGCCCUCGCUGGUGCGCGAGGGGCUUGAGCUGGAGCCCCGGCCGCUGCAGGGGAGCCGCGCGCGGGCAGCUCGCGGGAGCUGCUCCUCUGUCCAGCGCGCGGCUGGCCCUGUGUGCGGCGGGGGGCCCUCUUCCAGGAGGGAAGGAGGAGGAGGAGGAGGAGGAGGAGGAACAUCCCAAAUCCUCGAUCCAGCCGCCGGGCCACGGGACACCCGCGGUCUCGUUUUUCAGGCCUCGGGCGGCACUCCCGCGAUGCAGUGCGCCCCCCUCCCUUCCCCGCGCCCUCUUGUAG